CGCUGCAGUCCAGGCAGCGCGCAGGGAAGGGCACUGCUUGGGCGCUGGGUCGCCCUCCCUGCCUGCCUGCCUGCCAGCACGCUUGCCUGCCUGCCGGGAGCCGGGCCCGGAGGUGGGAGCGCUGCGCCGGGAUGCGCGGAGCCGGCGGCGGGCGCUGCGGCAGGCGGGAUCCCCGGGCUCGGAGCGGCCGUGCCCCGCGGCGGGCAGGCGGAGGGCAGGCGGAGGCCCGCGGCGGAGGCGCUGGGAUGGAUGCAGCCGGCGGCGCUCACGCGUGUCCGCCGCAAAUCCCGGCGGGGAUCGGGGAAGCUGGCACGGUCCUGUUACAGCGUAAAAGUGAGAUCCACAAGACUCCUCUAAGAUGUCUUACAGAAAGGAGCUAGAAAAAUACCGAGACCUAGAUGAAGAUCAGAUCCUUGGAGCUCUGACAGAGGAGGAGCUCAGGAAGUUAGAGAAUGAACUGGAAGAGCUGGAUCCUGAUAAUGCACUGUUGCCAGCAGGGCUCAGGCAGCGGGACCAGACGCAAAAGCCACCAACUGGCCCAUUCAAGAGGGAGGAACUCAUGGCCCACCUAGAAAAGCAGGCAAAGGACAUUAAAGACAGAGAAGACUUGGUUCCUUUCACGGGCGAAAAGAGAGGAAAAGCUUGGAUUCCCAAGCAGAAGCCGAUGGAUCCCGUUUUGGAAAGUGUGACUCUGGAGCCGGAACUGGAGGAAGCCCUUGCUAAUGCCUCUGAUGCAGAACUCUGUGACAUUGCUGCCAUCCUUGGCAUGCACACCUUGAUGAGUAACCAGCAGUACUAUGAGGCACUGGGGAGCAGCACCAUUGUGAACAAAGAAGGCCUCAACAGUGUGAUUAAGCCCACACAGUACAAACCAGUCCCCGAUGAGGAGCCAAACUCAACAGAUGUGGAGGAAACUCUGAAACGAAUACAAAGCAAUGAUCCUGACCUUGAGGAAGUCAACCUUAACAACAUUAUGAAUAUUCCCAUACCAACUCUAAAAGCUUUUGCAGAAGCACUGAAAAACAACACGUAUGUGAAGAAGUUCAGCAUAGUUGGGACCCGGAGCAACGAUCCUGUUGCUUUUGCUCUGGCAGAAAUGUUGAAGGUCAAUAGCACACUGAAGAGCCUGAAUGUGGAGUCAAACUUCAUUUCUGGGUCUGGGAUCCUGGCUAUCGUCAAAGCACUUGAGGGCAACACGUCACUUGUGGAGCUGCGCAUUGACAACCAGAGUCAGCCCUUGGGCAACAAAGUAGAAAUGGAAAUCGCAAAUAUAUUGGAAAAGAACACCUCCCUACUGAAGUUCGGGUACCAUUUCACUCAGCAAGGUCCCCGGCUUCGCGCCUCCAAUGCCAUGAUGAGUAACAACGACCUGGAACUUAUUCAUCGGUCUGAUGGUCUCUGGCAACAGCAUCUCAGCUGUACACCUGGACAAUGUAUAAUGAGGAAGAGAAGACUUGCAGAGGUGAAUGGGCCUAUUUUUCCCAAGUGCAGAACUGGAGUGUAGUUCCUGGCUAUGGAGGUCAUUCCCAGUGAUCUGUUCUACACUGUGGAAAUCUAAAGGCAAUAAGUGCCUUGACAGAGUAUUUGUGGUGCCUCUGUUCUGUUUUAUGCACUAACAGUUGAAAUGAAAUAGUGGACGUAGUUUUUAUGAAGAUUUUAUCCAGUAGGACUGUUGAUGUUUUCUGUAGAGUUGGAAACUAUUCAAGCCAACGUGUCAAUUUUAUGCAACCUCAGUUUAGAGUACAAUCCAGUGUUAAAGGGGAUUAAUUUUUCUACAAAAUUCCUGCACGGUGUUUCAUAGUUAGGAUGUGGUAUGCAUGAAUGAAAGAUACAAUUGUUUCACACAAAUUAUAGAAGUAUUAAAAAAAUACUUUAUUUUAUUUCAUUUUUCAAAGUUGAUCUCAAGUAACUACAGAGGAGUAACUAGCACUCAACAAGCACUUCUAACAUCCGGAAACAUGGCUAAUUUCAAGAAUUGUGAGUUGCAACUUUUUGCCAACAUUUGCUGAAUCAUUUUGAGAUGCUGUAUCAAAUGCAUCCCAGUGUUUCUUACAAAAAACCUGACCUCCACCCCCAAUUAAAUGGAAUUUAAGGCCACCAAAUAUAAAACAGAGUCUCAAAAAUCAAGUGGUUUAGAUGGGUGAAUAUCCUUCAAUCCCAUGCAUGUGUGAAGAAAACAGUUGUUCUUAGAGGUGUGAUGCAAACCCGAACCCCCAGAGAUGGCCAAACUAAUCGGCAAAUGAGAACCCUCUCUUCUACUCCCCGCUCCUUUCAGUUUCCUAGCGUCAAAAGCGUUUGUCCAGAUAUUCACUGCAGACAGGUCAAAUUCCCUCCAUUUGCUGUUUUGUCUAGAUGACCAUGUCCAUUACCUAAAUUUUGUUUUGUUCUGCUAGGAAUUAUUUCUCUUACUGCUGUCCCUUAUGUCCACAUAAAUGCAAGAAUAAAUGUUGUGCCCUAAAAAAGCUGUGAAGUGAAAUACCCCAAAUCUGAACUUAACACAACAUAGGAUCUCACAGCUUUUUGUCAGUGUACACUCAUCAUUCAUUCAGCCUGGGAGGAAUUCCCAACAGGCUUGCAGGUCUCCCAGACCUACAGCAGACUGGAUGCAGCACAUCCAAAACUCCCACUGUUAAUGUGGGUGGGAUCCUGCCCUGUAAGAAGUCUCCAUGGAAGAAGCACUGCUGUACUGAAACCUUAAUCUUGGGCAGAUGAGACGACAAAUCCUAGAAAAUGUUCUUUCUUGCUAAAAAUCUGCCUUUAAAUGUCUGCUAGAGAGUGAAGUUUUUCAGCCUUUUACAUAUAUUCUGGCAAAAGUCCCAGAGAUUUCUCCAGAGCUUGUGCACAAACACCGCUGAUGAUUUAGCUCUGACCAGAGAAGGAGAGGAACACUAUUCAGCAAUGUGGGAAACAUACUUGUUGCUCUCUAAAUCUUAAUAAAUGUGCCCAUGGUGUCAUAUAAAAUGUUUCACCAUAGCUUGUUUCCUCCACUGUGCAAGUUCUGUAUCAGAAAAUGAAUGUGGAAUAAAAAUACUUGAAAACAUUAAAAUUAAAAAAA